AUGACAGUUCCCGACCCCCCGAUAGUUGACAUCUCGACUCUAACUCUCACCGAUGUGGCUGUAAAACUUUCAACGGAUCCGGGUUCAUACACCCGUCGGGAUCUCUACGAGGAACGUCAAACGCCUGAAGCUGGUAUCGGAGCAUUCGCUAUAACAAAUAUUCCAUCCGGCACCCGUAUCUUUUGUGAAGAAAGUGUUGUAAUGUUACCAGAUGAAGCGGAUCAAGUUGAAGUUUAUAAUGCGGUGAAGUCAUUGGGGGAGGAGAAACAGGGGAUGUAUUGGGCUCUCGCGGCGUCGACGAAGGCUAGUAGGGAUAUUGGGUGGAUUGAUAGGUUGAGGAAUGCGUCUCAUGAAGAUAUAUCAUCAACCUUCAACGAUUUGGUCUCAUCCCACGAACACGCCUGGUCAAUCUACGAAACCAACCGGUUUACCUGUAAAUCCCUCGACGGCUCCUCGAGAUCCCUGGGAAUAUUCCCAGAAUCCGCCCGCCUAAACCACUCUUGCUCUCCCAACGUCUUUCAUCGUUACAAUCCCGUUAUAAACCGACUUACCGUCCACGCAUUGCGAGAUAUUGAGAAGGGAGAGGAGCUUUUAACCUCUUAUAUCGAUAUAUGUCAUCCGACAGUCGUUAGAAGACAGAUACUGAAACAUUGGGGGUUUAGAUGUCGAUGUUCUGCGUGUGAUAACCCCGAUGAUGAUGAGGAUUAUAGAAGGAAACAGAUUGAAGAUUUAUUUACGAAAAUAAGUAAGAGGGAGAGUAAAAGAGUCAAGAAUGAGAGUAAAUGGACGGAUAAAGAAUAUAAAGGGAGUUUGGGAGUUGUGGCCAAGUGUAUUAAAUUAUUGGAAAAGGAAGGAAUGGAGGAAACUGAUACCCUGGGGGUUCUGUAUACAGAGGGGGUUCGAUUGGCAGUGAAGAUUGGGGAAGAAGAGAAGGCUGUGGAAUGGGCAGAGAAGGCGGUAGAGAUUGAGAAAAAAUGUUUGGGAGAGGAUAGCAGGGAGUUUGUAGCUGCGAAAGAGCUGUUGGAAAUGGCGAGAGGAGUCCAAAGUGCGAAGGCUGAGAGGAGUUAA